AUGGCUGCCGCCGUGUCUCCCAAAGCUGCCCUCGCAGUUCCCUCCAGCGAACCCAAGAAGCUCUCCGGUCUUGACCUCUACAGCAGAUUCGCCUUCGCUGGUGCUGUAUGUUGUUCAGUCACCCACGGCGCUCUCACUCCUGUCGAUGUCGUCAAGACCAGAAUCCAACUCGAUCCCGUCACCUACAACAAUGGCAUGAUUGGUGGUUUCAGAAAAGUCAUCCAAAAUGAGGGUGCAGGUGCUCUGUUGACCGGUGUUGGACCAACAUUCGCCGGUUAUUUCCUUCAAGGAGCAUUCAAGUUCGGAGGUUACGAGUUCUUCAAGCAACAGUCGAUCAACUUCCUUGGUUAUGAGGCUGCCUCAAACAACCGAACUGCUGUCUACCUCGCCUCCUCGGCCGCCUGUGAAUUCUUCGCUGACAUUGCCCUCUGCCCUCUCGAGGCCACGCGUAUUCGACUUGUCUCCGAACCCACCUUCGCCUCCGGCCUCGUCUCUGGGUUUAGCAAGAUCUUGACCACGGAAGGUGUGGGUGCUUUCUACAGUGGUUUUGGUCCCAUCCUGUUCAAGCAGGUCCCCUACACCAUGACCAAGUUCGUCGUCUACGAGAAGGUUGCCGAAGCGAUCUUCCGUCAAAUCGACAAGAACACUGCUUCCGAUGGUACCAAGACGGCGGUCAACUUGGGCUCUGGUCUCAUCGCUGGCUUCGCCGCGGCCAUUGUCUCCCAACCCGCCGACACUAUGCUCUCCAAGAUCAACAAGACCAAGGGUCUCCCCGGUGAAAGCACGACCGGCCGAUUGAUCAAGAUCGCCAAGGAACUUGGUCUCCGUGGUAGCUACGCCGGUAUCGGUGCUCGGUUGGUCAUGGUUGGUAUUUUGACUGCUGGUCAGUUCGCCAUCUACGGUGACAUCAAGCGCGUAUUGGGUGCGACCGGAGGCGUCGAAAUCGCGAAAUAA